CAGACCAACAGUGAUCAUCAGUCAAUCUACGACCGUACACAUCGUUCGUCAAAAACCCUCAAGACAGCAACAGAACCAUAAACACAAAAUCACCAUGCAAUUCCAAGUGUCUUUCGCCCUCAUCGCUAUGAUCGUGUGCUUCGCCGCCGCAGCCGAAGAAGCCAAAACAGCAUCCGACAAGUCCGCAGCCACUAAGUCCGCCACCGACAGAAGCAAACGUGGCCUGUACGCUCCACUCAUCACCUCCCCGUAUGCCCCAGCGUACGCAGCACCAUAUGCAGCUCCGUACACCGCCCCUUACGCUGCCCCAUAUGCCGCCCCUUACGCCGCCCCUUAUGUUGCCCCUUACGCAGCACCGUACGCCGCCCCAUACGUAGCAUCACCUUAUGCAGUCGCCGCCCCAUACACUUCUUCUUACGUAUCUUCCUACGGAGCUUACCCAUACGGUUAUGCAGCUUCACCAUACGGUUUCUACUAAUCGACAACUUCUGCAUGCACAUAAUAUUAUUGUUAUAUAUCUUUAUUAUAACAGAUUUAUAUUCAGUAAUAUGGCAACACAUAAAUAUAAUUAAAUAUAAUUAAAUAUAAUUUUGUAUUUGAAAAAAAAAAGUAUACACACUAAUGAACAUGAUAUAUUAUGUUAAGCAGUAACAUACACUGUACCUAACUAAUAUAAGUACGUAUUUUCUUGUAGUUUUAUUAUUUUGUAAAUAAAUAUAUCUUAAAAUCAAAUAA